CUAUAUUGUUGCGGAUCAGGAGCCGCCGCCGCCCUGAAUCGGUGUCGCGAUGCUCUAGCUAUAAGUUGGCGUGCAAGUUGCUGUCGUGGGGUCCGCAGAGAGAUACCCCCAGGCUAUCACGCUUCAAUCGGACUGCCUUAGCUGCUCGCAAGCCAUAUUGGGCCAACUAUGAAGGUCUCGUCGAUCAUCCUCGGCCUCGCGUCGUUGGCCUCCGGCCACAGCAUCUUCCAGAAGGUCUCUGUGAACGGAGUGGACCAGGGCCAGCUCAAGGGCGUUCGUGCCCCGGACAGCGACUAUCCUAUCCAGAACGUCAACGACGCGGCCUUUGCGUGCAACAAGGAUAUAAAACAUGCCGAUAGCACCGUCAUCACCGUACCGGCCGGAGCGAAGGUAGGCGCGUGGUGGGGGCACGUCAUCGGAGGAGCUCAAAGUGCCAAUGACCCCGACCACCCCAUUGCCAAGAGCCAUAAGGGGCCCAUCAUAGUGUACCUGGCCAAGGUGGACAACGCUGCUACUGCCCAGCCGACAGGCCUGAAGUGGUUCAAGGUUGCCGAAGACGGCCUGAACAACGGACAGUGGGCGGUUGACAAGAUGAUCGCCAACCAGGGCUGGCACUACUUCACCAUGCCCACCUGUAUCGCUCCGGGAGACUACCUGAUGCGGGUCGAAUUGAUCGCCCUCCACGGCGCCCAGGUGCCGGGACAGGCCCAGUUUUACAUGGAAUGUGCCCAGAUUCGGAUCACCGGCUCCGGCACGAACGCCGGCGCGAAUUUCGUCAGCUUCCCAGGGGCGUACAAGUCCAACGACCCCGGCAUCCAGAUCAACAUCUACGACAACAGCGGGAACCCGAACGGCGGCGGCAGGCCUUACAAGAUCCCAGGCCCAGCCGUCCUCACUUGCUAGGAUGCUCACAAAGUAGGGUAUACCUAUCUACAGGGGCUGUCGAGGGGUGGCUUGUACGCAUAUAUAGCACAAUCAAUAAACGUACCUUUAGUAAGACGGAUGCAAGCGCGGGAGCC